CAGGCAGCGGACGCGACGCGAGGGGAGGAGGGUCGCUUUUAAAGGGCCAGUUGCGGAAGGAAAGUUGUGCGGAGAGUUUCUGUUAGGUCCUGUCAGAGGGGUAUAUAAACGGCACCUCGCCUUUGGUGGGCUGUGGGGAAGGGGGGGAAAUAAUCCCAGGAGCCGCCGGCCGCAGCCAUGGAGCAGGCAGCGCCCAAAAGCAAACUGAAAAAGCUAAGCGAAGACAGCUUGACUAAACAGCCUGAAGAAGUAUUUGAUGUAUUGGAGAAGCUCGGUGAAGGGUCUUAUGGGAGUGUAUUUAAAGCCAUUCAUAAAGAAUCUGGGCAAGUAGUGGCAAUUAAGCAAGUCCCUGUUGAAUCAGAUCUGCAGGAAAUUAUUAAGGAAAUUUCUAUAAUGCAACAAUGUGACAGCCCUUAUGUUGUCAAGUACUAUGGCAGCUAUUUUAAGAACACAGACCUGUGGAUUGUUAUGGAGUACUGUGGAGCUGGUUCUGUCUCGGACAUAAUUAGAUUACGUAAUAAAACGCUUACAGAAGAUGAAAUUGCAACCAUUCUUAAAUCUACGCUUAAAGGACUUGAAUAUUUGCAUUUCAUGAGAAAAAUACAUAGAGAUAUAAAGGCUGGAAACAUUCUCUUAAACACUGAAGGGCAUGCUAAAUUAGCUGACUUUGGAGUGGCUGGACAGCUAACUGAUACAAUGGCAAAACGCAACACAGUCAUAGGUACUCCAUUUUGGAUGGCUCCAGAGGUAAUACAAGAGAUUGGUUAUAAUUGUGUGGCAGACAUCUGGUCCCUUGGCAUUACCUCAAUAGAAAUGGCAGAAGGAAAGCCUCCGUAUGCUGAUAUACACCCAAUGCGGGCAAUUUUUAUGAUUCCUACGAACCCCCCUCCAACAUUCCGGAAGCCAGAGCUCUGGUCUGAUGAAUUCACUGAUUUCGUGAAAAAAUGUUUGGUGAAGAAUCCUGAGCAGAGAGCAACUGCAACCCAACUUUUGCAGCAUCCUUUUAUUAAGAAUGCAAAACCAGUUUCAAUCCUGAGAGACCUGAUUACUGAAGCUAUGGAAAUUAAGGCGAAAAGGCAUGAAGAACAGCAGAGGGAACUUGAAGAAGAAGAUGAAAACUCGGAUGAGGAUGAGCUGGACUCCCAUACCAUGGUGAAGACAAAUUCAGAAAGUGCUGGCACAAUGAGAGCCACAAGUACUAUGAGUGACAGUGCUCAGACAAUGAUUGAACAUAAUAGCACCAUGCUUGAAUCCGAUUUGGGGACCAUGGUGAUAAACAGUGAUGAUGAUGAUGAUGAAGAUGAAGAUGGAACUAUGAAAAGAAAUGCAACAUCACCACAGGCUCAGCGACCUUCUUUUAUGGACUACUUUGAUAAACAGGAUUCCAAGAAUAAAAGCCAUGAAAACUGCAACCAGAAUAUGCAUGAAUCUUACCAUAUAUCGAAGAAUGUCUUUCCUGAUAACUGGAAGGUUCCUCAAGAUGGUGAUUUUGAUUUUCCUACAGCCCCUGCUAUCCUAGCUGACCCUGACCAGGAACAUUGGGAGCAACUCCCUCCCUAUGCCCCCAUUUAUCCAAAACUACUUAAAGGAAAGGAAGGAUCGGGUGAUAACGAACAAAAAGAGGCUGGGACUACAGGGGCGGCAGAGCAAACUGAAAAGGAAGGGCGACGAGAAAAUUCAGAAUAUGGUCUCCGCUUGGAUCCCAAACCGAGUGCGGCGGCACUGGAACCCUUGGGCAGUCCAUGCAACAAGAUCCCAGGGGCAAGAAUCUUCCUCUUAAAGGAAGUGCCUAAUCCAACAACCCCAUUCUCAUACAUGGAUCUAUUGAACUGGAAAACACAUAUCCCACCCUAUUCUGAAAAGCCACAACGGAUUUGAUUAGUUCAAUUAUGGAAAUAUAUUAUCCCACUUGGGCGGUCUGCAGGCAAUUACUGAUGACCUUUCUUAGUACUGAGGAAACGCAAAGAGUCGAUCAACAAGCACAGGAAUGGCUCAAGCGAGAAGCAGAGAGGCAUGGGGUGGCCAACACACAGGCCUGGGUGGCGGAGAAUUAUCCAAAUCAAGACCCCCAUUGGGAUCCCAAUGAAGGGGGGGAAAGAAGGAGGCUUGAUCGACACCGCCAGGCCAUAAUAGAAGUCUUGAAAGCUGGAGCACAGAAUAUUAACAAGGUGGGGGAAAUCAUACAGAGAACAGAUGAGUCUCCGGGCACCUUCCUGGAGAGACUUUAUGAAGCCUAUAGGACCUAUACACCAUUAGACCCAGAGGCUCCUGAAAACCGCAUAAUGGUGAAUAUGAGUUUUGUGAAGCAAAGUGCACCAGACAUUAGAAGGAAGCUUCAGAAGCUAGAAGGAUUCGCUGGAAUGAAUACAGAACAGUUGGUGGCAGUAGCUUGGAAAGUAUAUAUGAACAGAGAUUUGGAAGAGAAAAGGGAAGCAGCAAGAAAGAUGAAAAGGGAAAUGGAUUUAUUGGCAACGGCCAUAAUAGCCAGACUUCCCACAUACCAAGGAGGCUGGGGAGCAAAAGGAGGUUGGCAAAGGGGGGGCUUAGGCCCGAACCAAUGCGCUAUAUGCUGAGAAGAAGGACACUGGAAGAAUGAAUGCCCGAGAGGGGAACGCGGAGGAAGAGGAGGACGUGGCUCAGUGAGAGAUAGAAGAAUUAUAGUGAGAGGAAGAGGACGAGGCCAGUGGCGUGGAGGUUGGACACCAAGCAACUAGAGAGAAGGUGGAUGGGACCCCACUGGGAGAUGUGAUUGACCUGGAGGUCCCAGAGUUCGAGAAAAAGCGAACGCAUGAAUCAGACUAUAAAGACUCAACUAGCCUAACUGUGCGAUGAAACUCAUUUAAAGUGUUGCCCUUUGCCCUAUUCCGCAUUAGGUGUGCCCCUAAGGGAAAAUUAAAGGUCUCGCCUUUUGAAUUGAUGUAUGCACAGAUCGUGAAGCUGAGGCUCCAAUACUUUGGCCACCUCAUGAGAAGAGAAGAAUCCUUGGAAAAGACCCUGAUGUUGGGUAAGAUUGAGGGCACUAGGAAAAGGGGACGACAGAGGACAAGAUGGUUGGACAGUGUUCUCGAAGCUACGAACAUGAGUUUGACCAAACUGCGGGAGGCAGUCCAAGACAGGAGUGCCUGGCGUGCUAUGGUCCAUGGGGUCACGAAGAGUCGGACACGACUAAACGACUAAACAACAACAACAAUGGCAGUCCGCCACCUGUUAUUCAGCCCUUAUAUUAUGGAUUAAUGGAAUGGAGUGACCAUGUGCUAAAGAAGCAAGUGUAGUCUCUCUCCAGUGUCAUGUAUUUUCUCCACAGGUGGACCAUUGAGUGCACCCCCAUUAGCCUGUGCACCCAUUCCAGCCCGGUGACGAAUGUGGGUCAAAGAGUGGAGAGAAAACCCGCUUGAACCACGCUGGUCUGGCUCAUGUGUUGUCUUAUUGACCUCACCAACAGCAGUAAGGGUAGAGGGGAUUGCGCCCUGGAUCCACCACACACAUAUCAAGAGAGCUGAAGGCACAUGGUCAUGUGCCCAACAUCCAGAAACUGAUUUAAAGGUAAUCUUGACAAGGAAACCCCUUGUACCUAGUCACACCGGGAGCUGACUGGGUCACGGGCACCGUGAGAGCGAUGACCUUCUGCAGUAGUCACUCCGGACGCUAGCUAUCAACGCACAGGGGAAGAAUGGAAGCAAGAUGCUUGUCUCCUCAUUUUCAUUUUACUCUGUAUUGUAGUUUUAUUCUUCUCUAUAAGGUGGAAGGAGGUGGAGAAAAUGAGCAGUGGGGAAAGUUGGCAAAAGAUAAUAAAUGGGCAGAAAUAGCAGAAGAGGUAGCAACCAACAGGAGAAAAACGCCACUGGAUUAGUAUUGGAUGUGGGAUUCACCAAAGGGAACAUCAAAGAAUGGCCCCCAAUGUAUAACGGCAAAGAAUUAGAGUGGAGCCUUUAAAAGGUGGGCUGUGUGUGCGCCAGAAGAAGACUCAAAACAGCACUGGGAGGGGGGAGUUUUGUCAUGCACCCACAGUUGUUGGCGCCAUGAUGUUAACAACUGGACAUGUGGGAACCACACCCAAAACAUUUGAUUAUUAUAGAUGUCCAAAAUUAUUGAGCCACGUUUGGAAAAUCUGUUGGAAUCGUAGUGGAGAUAUCAAUAGCACUACCAGGACUUGCCCAAGAGGCAGAGUCACCCACAAGGUCAUAUUUGAAGCCAGAGUUACCUUCCGAGGGAAUGCCUCUUUUCUGUGGUGGGUGUGCAGACAGUGAACAUAUAAGGAAGUUCCCCCCAGUUGGCAUGGGGCUUGUUAUCUAGCCACCCUUCUUCCCCCCAUGUGGGUUCUCCUUUAUCUGACCCACCGAAGGAGGAGAACUAUCCAGAAUGCGGCAGGGGUCAUAGAGACGGUAGCUGGAGGCUCGGCUCAAAGUUGGUAUGGGACUAAUGGUUGGCCUCCAGAACCCUCAUGAAUUGGUAGUGGGGCUCCAGGAGCCUGUUUAUAAUCUGAACCGCAUCAUUAGGCUGCAGGCUGUAGUGGAAAUAGUCACCAACACUAUCAGGCUCUGCGGGUGGUGGCUCCACAAUUAGAUGAACUGCCAUUCUGCAACUCAAAAUGGGCCUGAAUUAUGUCCUGGUCAAACAGGGCGGGAUGUGUAACGCACUGAAUUUAACAAAAGAUGUUUGUUGUUUCAACAUAUCUGAUAAUGGUGAUCUAGCUGAUCAUAUGGAAGCAGUAGCCCAUGUUCCAGUACAGACUUGGGAAGGCUGGAAUCUGGAUUGGUUGUCUUCAUGGCUUCCCUGGAUGGGAGCCCUGAAAACCUUGAUAGGAGGAUUAUUGGUUAUGUUUUUUUUGUUGAUUCUGCCAUGUAUUAUACCUUUGUUUCUACAGGCCCUUAGGCGCAUGAUAGAAUCUACUGUAGAAGCUACAACAUCUAGAAAAUCGCAUUUGAUGUAUAAAAGCUUGCCUACUGAGGAUCAAGCUAUAGGUGAUGAUUUGUUUGCACCAUAGCUUGAAAGGGGGGGGGGAAUGAGACAGUACAGGAAGCUAGGCAUUUGAUAUGUAGACAUAGAGGCCACGACUCAGUGCGCACGCUCUGCUGUGCGGCAAAAGGGAACCAAUCACAGGCCAACAGCAUAGCCUAAGCUUGCUUACCAUAUAAGGGAAAGACAGGACUCAUGGGCUCUGAUUGCGCGUUAGGGAAUGGGAUGUUUAUAAAAGAUUGCUUGUAGGUGUGUUUGGGGUCCAGUCUUUGAAGUGUGAUCCCGCUGGACCAAACUAUUGUGCAGAAAUAAACUUUGGAUUCCCUUUUCACUCCAUCUCAUGUGUUUCCUUGCUCACUUAUGAGAUAAGGCAGGUUUCCCUGCAACAAAUUUCACAGUCCUUUCCUGCUUCUUUUAAGAUUCAACCCCAAGUUCAGGAAUGCUAUCUUUCCUAGAACAUCAAGAUUAAAUGAAAACAAGGCCUUGGGCGCAUAAGACAAGCUAGAACGGUUUUUGGAGUGAAUUGACUCUUAGGAGAAUCGGUAGGUUGUGAAGGUUGCUGGCCAGCUCUGUUAACAUCUGUUUAGUUGCAUAACAGGUUCAUAAUUCAUGAAUAGUUUGAGGACUCUAAUGAAUAAAAUAAAAUGGUGAGAAUAGUGUGAUGAAGCAGCAGUUAUAUUUGUCUUUGUUGCCUUGGUAACUAAUUGUUCAUAUUAAUACAUCUCAUGCACAUAGCUCAGUAGCCUUCUGAGUUCAGGGACAGCUUUGAAAUGUUUGUAACUAGACCAGACCAGAUAUUUCAUAGCUCCCCACCCCCACCCCCUACGCAUCAGUGUGAUUUGGGUUUUGGACUUCAGGCAAUUUGACUAGCAUGAGCCUAGUUCUAAGAUAAUUUACAUUUUAAAUGAACUUGUGCUUUUUAAAUUUAAUUAUGUACAACAUUGGGUGUGUUCUAGCUGAAUUAGUUUUGCUUUUAUUAAUUGUUGCUGUGUGUG